AUGUUAAAAACACUAUUUUCUUCGCAAAUUUUGCCCGCGGCAAGGUUCAGCAUCGGUAGUGCGGUGAAGAAUCAAAGCAAAUUACACUCGGUACCGCGUUCGAUACACACCCGUACGAAACCACGCAUUACACCACCACCAAAGUUAAGACCUACUGAUACGAACCACAAUACAAGCAUCACUCCGUUUGGUUGGGGUCUUUUAAUUAUCCCCGCAACUACGUUCGGGCUCGGUUGCUGGCAAGUUUAUCGUAAGCAAUGGAAGGAAGGUUUGAUAAGCGAGCUGGAGCGCAAAAUCUAUAUGACACCGGUACCAAUUCCUGACGACCUUUCCGAACUGAAUCAGAUGGAGUACGAAACGGUGACGGUUCGCGGACAGUUCCUACACGAUCGGGAGCUACAUCUGGGACCACGGGCCUGCAUACAGCAUGGUGAUAGCCACACGACCGGUGGCCUUUUCUCGCAGAAAGAAGCAUCGAUUGGAUUCCUCGUAAUCACUCCGUUUAAACUCGAAGGACGAGACGAUAAAAUCCUAAUCAACCGUGGCUGGGUACCGAAACGAUACCUCGAUCCGGAGACACGACGAGAAGGUCAGGUGACCGGUACGGUUGAGCUGCAGGGUGUCGUACGGCUGCCGGAGAACCGACCACAGUUCACGCCCAAACAGCGCGGUGCCAUCUUCAUGUACAGGGAUGUGGAAAAGAUGGCCGCAAUGAGCGGUGCGGAACCGUACUAUCUCGACGCGACGGUAUCAUCGACGGUUCCGCUCGGACCAGUUGGUGGUCAGACACGGGUAACGCUUCGUAAUGAACACCUGUCGUACAUAGUGACGUGGUUCAGCUUGUCUGGCUUCACCACCUGGCUAUGGUUCCGACAGAUCGUUCGAGGCAAAUCGUUUUAA